CAGUGUUUACUUUCACUUUGGUCCUUCCGUUUUCAUAAAAAAUGUGCAAAUGACAACACUCAACAUAUUGUUCAGGCACUAGUGUUAGUUAAUGAUCAACAUGGCAACAUUGUCGGCUCUCUGUACACUCGAAGGUCAUCAAGACCAAGUGUGGUGUGUAGCCUGGAAUCCAGCCGGUACCCUGUUAGCGUCGUGUGGCAGUGACAAGACCAUCAGGAUCUGGGCUGAAGAGGGGAGCCAGUGGGUGUGCAAGUCAGUCCUAACUGAGGGGCAUCAGAGAACCAUCCGGACUGUAGCCUGGUCACCAUGUGGUAACUAUCUUGCCAGUGCCAGUUUUGAUGCCACUAUCGGAAUCUGGAGUCGUAAGGAAGGAGAAUUUGAGUGCAUCGCGACCUUGGAAGGUCAUGAGAACGAGGUCAAGGCUGUCGCUUGGGCGAGCUCAGGAAAUCUGCUGGCGACUUGCAGCCGCGAUAAAAGCGUCUGGAUUUGGGAAGUAACUGAAGACGAGGAAUUUGAAUGCGCAAGUGUGCUCAGUGCUCAUACCCAGGACGUAAAGUCAUGUACCUGGCACCCGAACCGCGACGUGCUUGCCUCGUGUAGCUACGACAACACCAUCAAGCUCUUUAAGGAAGAGAUUGACGAUUGGUCUUGCUAUGCAACGCUCGAGUCCCACGAUUCAACGGUGUGGAAAGUGUGUUUCGACAGCGAAGGGCACAGACUCGCAUCUGUAAGCGAUGACAAGACAGUGAAGAUUUGGCAGGAGUACUUGCCUGGGAACCAAGAGGGAAUCCCGACGGUUGGAAAUGAAGGAACCUGGAAAUGCGUGUGCACGCUGUCUGGCUACCACGAUAGAACGAUCUUUGAUAUUGACUGGUCGCAGGUUAACGGUAGACUGGUUACUGGUUGCGGCGAUGAUGGUAUAAGAAUUUUCUCAGAAGAGGUAGGUUCCGACAAGAAUGCCCCUUCGUUUAGUAUGUCAGCUUCAGUUCGAAAGGCACACGAGCAGGAUGUCAAUUCUGUGGCAUGGAAUCCAAAAGUGUCUAGCCUUCUUGCCUCAUGUAGUGACGAUGGGCUCGUGAAACUGUGGCGGUUUAAAGAUGGUGAAUAGAUUUUUGUUGUUCUGUUGCGCUUGAUUCUUGCGAUAUGAUAAAACUGCUAUGGUGUUUUCUUGUGUCAACUUCAGUUUUGUAUUGGAUGUUAUCAUAAAAUAUACUAGGACAUGUACCUACAAUAAAAUUUCAUAAUUGGAAA